GUUAAUUUCCUUAAUCAUCGUCAUCUUCCUCUCUCUCUCUCUCUUUCCUCUUCCUCUCUGUGCACGAUCGAAACCCUAGCAAUUCCAAUUUCGUCUCCUGAGAUCGAAUCCUCACCUCUUUAUGGCGUAACUCCACACCAAUUUCAUCAAUUUAGCCUUUUUUUUCCUGGAAACAAUGUCAACGGAGACUACAACGAAUUCGUCAUCCUUCGAUCCGGCACCGUUGCUUUCGAGCGGAGAUGAAAACGAGGGACGCAGCAACAACGGCGGGGAACGGAGAUCCGCGAGGAGACAAGGGCUGAGGGAAGCGGCUAUGUUUCUAAGCCGCGCGAGCAGCGGAGGACGAGCGAUGCGGGAGCCGUCUAUGCUCGUGAGGGAGGCUGCGGCGGAGCAGCUCGAGGAGAGACAGAGCGAUUGGGCUUACUCGAAGCCCGUUGUGGUGCUCGACAUCGUGUGGAACUUGGCGUUUGUCUCGGUGGCUGCUGGUGUUCUUGUGAUGAGUCGGAAUGAGAAUCCGAUAAUGCCGCUUAGAGUUUGGCUCUUGGGGUAUGCGUUGCAGUGUGUGUUGCAUAUGGUUUGUGUGGGGAUUGAGUAUAGGAGGAGGAAUAGGGUGAGAAGUAAUAGGACUCCUCGGUCACGUUCUUCUUCGUCGUCUUCGUCCUCUAUGGAGGAAGAUGGUUUGGGUUCGAGGAGGAGUUCACAUGAGCAGCUGGAGAGCGAAAGCAGCAGUGUGGCAAAACAUCUGGAAUCUGCCAACACCAUGUUUUCGUUUAUUUGGUGGAUCAUUGGGUUCUACUGGGUAUCUGUUGGUGGCCAAGAGUUAGCACAAGAAUCCCCACGGAUUUACUGGUUGUCUAUUGUCUUCCUUGGUUUCGAUGUGUUCUUCGUUGUCUUCUGUGUUGCGUUGGCCUGCGUUAUUGGCAUUGCUGUUUGCUGCUGCCUGCCAUGCAUCAUUGCAGUUUUAUACGCUGUUGCAGAUCAGGAAGGGGCUUCGAAAGAAGACAUUGAACAGCUCACCAAAUUCAAGUUUCGGAAAGUCGGUGAUGUUAACAAACACGCGGGUGAUGAGGCUCAAGGAAACACCGAUGGAAUAAUGAUCGAGUGUGGUACAGAUUCACCCGUUGAACAUACACUUCUCCAGGAGGAUGCAGAAUGUUGCAUCUGUCUAUCUGCUUAUGAAGACGGAACAGAGCUAAGGGAACUUCCUUGUGGCCACCAUUUCCACUGCUCAUGCGUAGACAAAUGGUUAUACAUAAAUGCGACUUGCCCACUCUGCAAACACAACAUCCUCAAGAGUAGCAACUUGGACCGUGAGGAAGUUUAGAUGAAACAGCUUUUAUUAUUCGUGACCCCACACAACAUUUGGUAAAAGGAACUUGGGGGGUCCAAAGGUAAAACACGACUAAUGUUAUUAGAUAUGAUGCAUUGUUUGUGAAUGAUAUGAUAUGAUAUAUACAAAUUUAUUGUACUUUUGUCUGUCUUUUAUAAUUUGGUUUGGAAAGGAAUCAGGUUCUGUAAAUCUUAUGUCUAUCAUCUCUCACUUGUAACCUGUCUUUUGGUAUUA